AUGAUCAUCGCUGUAACUUCUGUACGAAAUCCCACCAAACAAAAUGGCUCGCCGGUACCCCCUCUCAGUCCGAAAUUCGAGGCGAACGUUGGGUUUCCGGCCCAACGAAGUCCAUCUACUCCAUCCGUUCAUCGACGGAUGUUUCCACCUCCGUCGCCCACUUCUCGAACGCCGUCUUCUCAGCUUCCACCAUCUCCAAAAUUGAGUCGGACGCCGAAAAUGGCGCGGAAAGCGAUGCCAGCGUCGCCGUCGAUGUCAUCUCCACAGAUUACAAAAUUACGGGUUAAUGGGAGAGUUGUCAGGGUGACUGCCAUUAGACAGAGUGCUUAUUACUCUUCAUCAGAAGACGAAGACAGUGUGAACGGUGGAACACUUGGAAAGAAGGACUCCACACUGACACGCCCACCACAAACGGCACCACGGACAGCUUCUCUCUUAUCCAAUAAAAAGAAGGAGACGACGACGACGUCAGAUGUACCCCCACCGCCUAUUGCGAAAAACACGGCGGAACGACGAAGUGGAGGUCCAAGAAAGGAGAGAGCUGUUGAGGAUAUGUUGAGGCUGGUACAAGAGAAUCGAGAUCGAAAUGAUCAACAAAAGAAGGACUAUGGAGAGUACGUGCAGGCACGAAUCCGACCCAAAGCGCCAGGAGGAGAAGUGAUUCGGGUAGCCAGGCAAGACUACCGAAAUAGUAAAAUUAUUGUGACCGAUGGAGAGGCGAUACGGAUUUCACCGCAUCGAGAGGAAAUCGAAACAACAAUUGAGGAAACAACUUCAUUGAACGAUCAUCGCCAUCAUCAUAUUCUGGAGCAGAGUGACGAUGAAGCAGUUUAUGUGAAUACGACGAUUGGUGGAGGAUCGGGAAGGGUACCAUCGCCAAAUGAAGACUAUCAGAAUGCAGUUUUGCCGCUCAAACCAACAAAAGUGUCGUCGAAAAUCCAGAACGUUGUGAAUGCACUUCAGAGACCCCUUCUAGAUGAUGGAUCUCGUGUCUCUAUCCUCCCGAAACAACAGCUGACCAAUGGAGAAGCACUUCGAGAUGAUGAUCCCUUCUGUGCAAUCGAGAUUCUGCGGGAUCCCGCCCAUUCCUUCCUUCCGUCGUCUCUUCCCUUGCUAGAUCAGAGCUUUCGGAAUUGUUCUUCUCUUUUUCUUCUUGACAAGUUUCUCUAG